GACCGGGGAAAAAUGUGCUGAGGCGCACGCCCCGCACAGCCAUGUUGGUCCGGGGCAGUGCUGUGGACCAUGAUGGGGCUGGAAUUGUCAGGCCGUCCCCGCCCCGGGCCCCGCGCCCGGCCAGCCUGCGGUGGGAUCGGAGUCCUGGGCAGCGCAGAGCAGGGACGACGAUGGCGCCGGCGGCGUCUCGGCUGCGGACCGAGGCUGCGCUUGCGGCGCUCCCGCGGCGCGCGCUCGCCCACUACCUGCUGCUCCUGAGGCUCUAUCCCGUGCUCGCCAAGGCCGCCAGCAGUGGCAUUUUGUCAGCACUUGGUAACCUCUUGGCCCAGACGAUUGAGAAGAAGAGGAGAAAAGACUCUCAAAAUCUAGAUCUCAGUGGUCCUCUCAGAUAUGCAGUUUAUGGGUUCCUUGUCACAGGCCCCCUGAGCCACUACUUCUACCUCUUCAUGGAGCACUGGAUCCCUCCAGAGGUCCCCUUGGCUAGAGUCAAGAGGCUGCUGUUGGACCGCUUCGUCUUUGCACCAGCCUUCCUGCUGCUGUUCUUCCUCAUCAUGAACUUGCUGGAGGGAAAGGAUGCCAACACCUCAGCUGCCAAGAUAAGGCGCAGCUUCUGGCCUGCGCUGCGGACAAACUGGCAAAUGUGGACACCUCUGCAGUUCAUUAACAUCAGUUAUGUGCCCGUGCAGUUCCGGGUGCUCUUUGCCAACCUGGCGGCUCUGUUCUGGUAUGCCUACCUGGCCUGUCUGGGGAAGUGACACUAGAUGCACUGUGGAGUCGACUGCCAAAGGGAGAAAGCAGAAACCACCCAGUCAGGACUUGGUCUGACUUGAAGUCAUGUGACUCAAGGUGCCUCAAAAUUGCAGAUGGAGAAAGAAAUCUGAUAGUGUCCGAAGCUUGUGCUUUAGAGAGGCGGCAGCUGACUUGGACAGAAGAGAUGACUUCAGUUGUCACCUUGGACCAGAUGCAGGUCACAAUAAAUGGUAAUGCAGCUGCUUCCAUGAUGGUCCUGGUGUCUUAGAACAGCCGCUCUUGGGUCUUGUUUGAUUCUUUUGUGUUGGAAAAUCCAUAUAACACAAAGUUCACAAUUUAAGUGCACAGCUCAGCAGCAUGGAGAAAUCAGUGUUAUGCAGCCAUCUUCCUAAAAUGAA